ACAUACGUCACUGAACCGGAAGCAGCCACAGAAUUACUUCCUGUUUGUGCGUCGGCGUGUGUGGUUCGUUUUGUUUCCCCCCUCAUUUCGACUUCUCCACAAGCGGGUUCUUCAAAAGUACAUACCAAGCAGCAGCAGACAUGGCGCGUAACGCCGAGAAGGCCAUGACGGCUCUGGCUCGGUUCAGACAGGCUCAGCUGGAGGAGGGGAAAGUCAAGGAGAGGAGACCUUUUCUGGCAUCAGAGUGCAAUGAACUUCCGAAAGCAGAGAAAUGGAGAAGACAGAUCAUCAGUGAGAUCUCAAAGAAGGUGGCUCAGAUCCAGAAUGCCGGUCUCGGGGAGUUCAAGAUUCGGGAUCUGAACGAUGAGAUCAACAAGCUGCUGAGGGAGAAAGGUCACUGGGAGUUCCGGAUCAAAGAGCUGAGAGGACCGGACUACGCGCGAGUCGGUCCGAGGAUGUUGGACCACGAGGGGAAGGAGGUUCCGGGAAACCGAGGGUAUAAAUACUUCGGAGCGGCCAGAGACCUGCCCGGAGUCAGAGAGCUGUUUGAGAAGGAGCCUGCCCCGGCGCUGAGGAAGACGAGGGGGGAUCUGAUGAAAGAAGUGGACGCAGAGUAUUACGGCUACAGAGACGAAGACGACGGAGUGCUGCUGCCUCUGGAGGCUCAGUACGAGAAGCAAGCUGUGGUGGAGGCGGUGCAGAAGUGGAAACUGGAGAAGGAGGCUCGCCUGUCCGGAGACAAGCCACAGGAGGAAGAGGAGGAGGAGAGCAUCUACAAGGUCCACAGGGAGGAGCCUGAUGAGGAGGAGAGCCGGGAGGAGCAGGGGGGAGAAGAGGGGGAUGUCACCUUCCUCGCACACGUACCUGUUCCCUCACAGAAAGAGGUGGAGGAGGCUCUGGUCAGGAGGAAGAAGAUGGAGCUGCUGGAGCGUUAUGCCAGCGAGACGCUUCAGGCUCAGAGUCAGGCGGCCAAAACUCUGCUGGGACUGUAACCCGUCUGUGUCUGACUAACCCGUCUGUUGAUGUAAAUAUCGUCUUUUUCUUCUUUUUACCCCACCUGUUUCUUAAUAAAAAAGAUCUUCAGCACAGUGUGUCCUUCUCUGCGUGAUU